UGUCUUCAGAGCUUCAUUAUUAAAAAUAUUGGCAGUCGUUUUGUGUUCACUAAUUUGGCAUAAAUUUCUCAUCCUUUAAACAUCCGUGGUGGCUCUGCUGUUUACGAAAUUAAAUUUUUUGUCAGGCUUUUAAUUUGAAAGGGGACCGAUAAUGAACUCCACCCGUCCUGGUCCCGAUCCGGUUUAUGAACCACUGCCUCCCGAAGUUCAAUCGACGAUUGUACCUCUUUUCCACAAUAAUGAACCAUUUAUCAAGUCAUUCCUCACUGGUGUCCUUCCUGACUGUGAUCACCAUCAAAUUGAUGAAUACGUUCGGAAGAGUUUCCCCCUUGUGAACCUUGGAAAGAAACAUUUUAAGAAGAGACCUCGUGCGUCUAAGGGAGCAUUAUCUCUCACUGAGAGACGACGUUUAGGACUUUACCAAUUGCGUAGGCACGGCUCCAAAUAUGCAGAUGCUGUUCCCGUUAAUGAGUUGUGGCUACAAUACAUAACUAAUCUCCUGUCACUAGACAGUAUUGCACAAUCUGGGUUUACUGCUCAACCCAGUGACAAGCAAUGGGCACAAGUUACUCUAGCAUUGUACAGAGCAGAUUACCAUGGAGCUGAGCUCGAAGUGACACGUACUAAAUGUAGUUCUCUGAGGGGUAUCAAAGGAAUUGUGCUGAUGGAUACCAAGAAUACUUUCAAAGUAAUUAGUAGAGACAAUGUGAUUCGCACUGUCCCAAAAGCACCGUGUGUGUUCAGUAUCCAAAUUAAAGGAUAUAAGUGUACGCUAUAUGGCAAGUAUUUCUGUACAAGGCCUGCUGAAAGAAGUGUGAAAAAGGUGAAAGGACACUGCCCUGCUGAUUUGUAAAUAAGGGAACUUUGUUUGUGAGGGGAAGUUGGUCUGGGAAAUAAAGAAAAAGGCUUAGCUAUAUUGA